GGUCGAGCAGACGCAACUCAGGCAGAGGGAAGCACACAGGAGGGGCCACACAGACAUAGCAGCAGAACCAGAAAGUGACCAUCAAGAAGACCUGAUCUUACACCGUGGAAACUGAGAGAUAUCUAGAGAAAAAAAGACAAACAAACCCUCAAACAUUCAAAUAAUACCUCACCCUGGUCAGUGCCUGUCUGCUACUCCUUAAGGAGGGUGGAGGAGGGCGGCUUGUCCACCAUGAAUGUCACCUCGCUCUUCUCUUUCACCAGCCCAGCAGUGAAGCGGCUGUUGGGUUGGAAACAGGGAGAUGAGGAAGAAAAGUGGGCUGAAAAGGCUGUGGAUGCUCUGGUUAAGAAACUGAAAAAGAAGAAGGGAGCUAUGGAGGAGCUGGAGCGAGCUCUCAGCUGCCCGGGUCAGCCUAGUAACUGUGUGACAAUCCCUCGCUCACUAGAUGGACGGCUGCAGGUGUCCCACAGGAAAGGACUGCCACAUGUCAUUUAUUGUCGGGUGUGGCGCUGGCCUGACCUGCAGUCCCACCAUGAACUGAAGGCCCUGGAAUGCUGCGAGUACCCCUUUGGCUCCAAACAGAAGGAUGUGUGCAUCAACCCUUACCACUACAAACGAGUGGACAGUCCAGUGCUGCCCCCUGUUUUGGUACCUAGGAACAGCGAGUUCAAUGCCAAGCAUACAAUGCUGCCCCGGUUCCGCAACCCUCUACAACAGAAUGAGCCACACAUGCCCCAGAAUGCCACCUUCCCAGAAUCCUUUGCUCAGUCCAACACUCUUCCCUUCCCUCAUUCACCGGGCAAUAGCUACCCAAACUCACCUGGAAGUGGGAGCAGUGCCACUUUUCCUCAUUCGCCAUCCAGUUCCGACCCAGGAAGUCCAUUCCAGAUGCCAGAGACUCCCCCUCCUGCCUAUAUGCCCCCAGAGGAGCAGAUGACUCAGGAUUGCCCCCAGCCAAUGGACACCAACCUCAUGGCUCCUCCCUUGCCCGUAGAGAGUAACAACCGGGCAGAUGUGCAGCCUGUGGCCUAUGAGGAGCCCAAGCACUGGUGCUCCAUUGUUUACUAUGAGCUAAACAAUCGCGUUGGCGAGGCAUUCCAAGCUUCCUCCACCAGUGUACUCGUUGAUGGCUUCACGGAUCCCUCCAACAACCGCAACCGAUUCUGCCUCGGUCUGCUGUCCAACGUUAACCGGAACUCUACCAUUGAGAACACACGGCGGCACAUCGGCAAAGGAGUCCACUUGUAUUAUGUGGGAGGGGAGGUGUAUGCAGAAUGUCUGAGUGACAGCAGUAUCUUCGUCCAGAGUCGUAACUGUAACUACCACCAUGGCUUCCAUCCAACAACUGUGUGUAAGAUUCCCAGUAGAUGUAGCCUGAAAAUUUUCAACAACCAGGAGUUUGCGGAGUUGCUGGCCCAGUCUGUCAACCACGGCUUUGAGGCUGUUUACGAGCUCACCAAGAUGUGUACCAUCCGCAUGAGCUUUGUUAAGGGCUGGGGAGCAGAGUACCACCGUCAAGAUGUGACCAGCACGCCCUGCUGGAUUGAGAUUCAUCUGCAUGGUCCACUGCAGUGGUUGGAUAAGGUGUUAACCCAGAUGGGCUCCCCCCACAACCCUAUAUCCUCCGUCUCUUAGACUUCACCGUCCCCAGGCCUUACUGUCCUCAGCCCUGUGACUGUCCAUACCCCAGGAUUUUGGUUUAAGUAGCUAAAAUAGUGGCUAACUGGUCCUAGACUCAUUUGUGGUUUUGUCAGUUUUGUAAACUAAAAACACAAACUGAUCUGAGACCUUAAAGGCUGAACAGGAUGUUAUAUGGGUAGAUUUGUUUUCUACUUGAAGGACAUUUGAAUUGGGCACAUAUACAGACUGGGAGAGAGUAAGCAAAGUGAGCGUGAUGCAACUGGAAGAUACUUGAUCUUUGUGACCAACUGUAACAAUUAGACCAUCACACUCAUUAUGAGGCAAGUGUCAUCUCUGAUCUUUCUCUCACAAUUUCUUUUUUCCCGUUGUUCUAUUAUCCUGUCUGAUAACUAGUUUGUAUCUCAGUAUUCCUUCAGGCAUCCAGUUGUACUUGUGUGGUUACAAUAAUUGUGGGACAUUCCAGGUCACCAAAAUAGCCAUUAGCUGAUAAAAUCUGUCUGGUUUCAGUGACAUGGCAUGAAAUUUACUUAACACAAUCAAAGUUAGUAAAGACUUGGAGAAUGACCAGUAUGGCAGGAAAUUUCGGUAUGCUAGCUUCUCAAAAUGUUAAUUCAGGCUAUUCAAGUUGUAAUAACAUCAAAAUAAAUUCCCUUAUCAAAAAUGAAAACACAAGGACAAAAUUGGGGUCAUUCAAGUGAAAGGUGUAGGGUUUAGUGUGGGGCAAGGGACUGAAAAGGCAUUUCAAACAUAAGACUAAAGUUUCAGUGUUGCUCAUUUUAUGUUACACUUUGGUUUCAAAUUAAUUCUGAGGGAAAAAAAAUAGUGUCUAGAUAUAUUCAUGAAUAGAACAUGUGCUGUGCAGUCUGGUUUUAUGAAGCAUAGUUUGGUUAGUGUAGUGUUACACAUUUAAGACUGGUAGCUGAACAUGACAUGAAGUCGAGAGAAACACGAGUAAAGUUUAGUUUGUCCUUUACUGUGCACUCUGCAGCAGAAUGAAAUGUGUCAUAAUAUGAAGUGGCACUGUAGAUACACACCGUUAUUCAGACGUUGUGGAAUGACACCGCGGUUCCAGUUGUUACUGAAAUUUACACAGUAUUGCAUCUUAAGCUGGAUUUAUACUCGCAUGGCGUCUGCCUAUGGUCAAUCCUCUGCAGACCUACACAGAGCAUGUGGCGGGAACGCCGUAACCGACCUCACUGAGACGCUUCAUGAGUAUAAAUCUAGCUUUAAAUUCUAGAUUUAAACUUCAGUAAGGAAAUAUAAAAGCAGUCUUUCUUGCAUUGAAAGAUGUAGCUAGCUGUGUAAUCACCACUAGAAGUCUGGAGUGAACAUUGUGGGCAGCUGCACUCUUACAUGCUGCUCACACUCCGUAGAAAUUUUAUCCAUUGUCUAAAUGGUACACCCUGGACAGGUCUCCGUCACAGGGCACUGUAGAAAUGGUUUGCAUUGAAUUUGAAAGCUUCAUUUUACAUCCCUCGCUGCACGAAAAUGACAAUUUUAUCAGUUGACCUAAACUGAUUCUUAUUAAGCUUUUAUUAAGCAUAGUAUUGAACUAUUUAAAGCUAUUUUUACUGGGCAUGAAGGUAAAUUUCAGUGAAACUUGGAAAAACUGGGUUGUUCUAAAACAUUUGAAAGGUAGUGUAAAUAUUUCAGUGACGGUCUUGUUCUCGUAUUUCAGUGACUGAGCAAAUCUUAUUAAAGUGACUUUUAAGGGAAAAUCUUGAGCAUUCAGAUUUUAGUUGUUGUCUGAGCAAAGUGUCAGUUACUGAUGUCCUUAUAUUUUUUUUUGUUUGUUUUGUUUUGUUUUGUUUUUUAUAAAAUGUAGAUUUAGCAUUUGUUUCUUUCUUUGAGCAAUCUUCUGCUGUUGAAUUGUUAUACUCCGUACUUUUUUUAUGUAUUUUUGAACAUGUUUUUGGUUUUGUCUGCACUUUCACAUUUUGCCUCAUUGCUUUUUUCUUGUUUUUUUCCUCCUGCUUUGCUCAGUAAAACUCCCAGAAAAGCAGUUUUAUUCCAUGAAUAUCAAGUCUCUACUGGAAGAUUGAAUAAAAUUGUUUCAAUAAAU